AUGGAUAAGUCCGGAGGGCAUGACGCUACGGCAGAGAGUUAUGGCUGGUUCAGGAGGUCGUUCGGCAGGCUCCGUAUAGAUCGAAGAGCCAAUGUUGCUCAAAGGCAUACUGCUCUUAAUGACAAGCCCUUACUUGAGAGUGAAGGCUUCAAAGGACCUCUAGGUCUUCAACUGCUUCGUACCGUUUCAGAACCGCUCGUCGAUUUUAUCUUCAUCCACGGCCUUGGAGGGGGGUCUAGAAAAACAUGGUCCAAGUCACCAGACCCCUACCAUUAUUGGCCCAAAGAAUGGUUAUCUCAGGACCCCGAGUUUGACAGAGUGCGUAUAUACAGCUUUGGAUAUAAAGCUGAUUGGGCCGAAAAAACAGCCAGUAUUCUGAACAUCCAUGACUUUGCGCUGUCCUUGUUAGGAGAAAUCAAAUGCAAUCCAGACAUUCGUCGAAGCAAUACAAAAUUGGUACUUGUUGCACAUAUUUCGUCCACUUCUGGGCUCACCAUCCCACAUGCAUAUAUUCUCGCUCGGGAAGACCCUACUCUGAAGGAGAUUGGAGCGCGAAUCCAUACAUUAUACUUUCUCGCCACGCCUCACCGGGGCUCAGAUCUUGCAACGACUCUCGCAAAUGUCCUUAGGGUGUCCUUUGGGCCCAAGCCGUUCGUUCUAGAGCUAGAACGAAAUUCCGACUCAAUCCAGUCCAUAAAUGACAGUUUCCGACAUGUUGCGGAUUACUUGCACAUAUGGUCCUUCUACGAAACUCUUCCGUGCAGUUUUAAGUUGACAAGCGCUAUUAUUGUUGACAAAACCUCAGCCACUCUAGGCUACUCAAAGGAGCGAUGCUCACUUCUGAAUGCAGACCAUAGGGGCGUGUGCAAAUUUGACAGUCCUGCAGAUCCGAAUUAUAAGACAGUUCGGAAUGCUUUUGUCACUACCAUCGAUUCCAUUGUUUCUCAGGAUUUCGAGAAUGCGAAGGCGGCCUUGGAGAAGCUGUCCAAUCUGACCGGCAUCAGUGGUGCUCCAAAUAAUGACCGUUUGGCGCUGGACGAGCUGCGGACUACCGGAACCUGUGAAUGGCUGACAAUGAGGAAGCAAUAUGCUUCGUGGAAAUUAGGAGACUCCGAUCGGGCCAUCUUCUGGCUCACGGGUAAUGCUGGCUCUGGGAAAUCAGUCAUUUCGAGCUCUAUAAUCGACGACUGUGUUCAAAGCAAUUUCCCAUGCAGUUAUUUCUUCUUUAAGCAUGGCGAUCGAGAUAACUCUACAAUCACCAAAUGUCUCUUAUCACUUGCCUUUCAAAUGUGUCGAAUGGAUAAGAAGAUACUUGGACAACUUACCAAGGUCUCAUCCGAUUCUAGGACGUGGGAGAAUUUGGACGAGCGAACAUUGUGGCGUGAGAUCUUCCUAGAGUUUAUCUUCAAAAAGGUGAAGCCUACUUCAUGCUACUGGGUCAUUGAUGCUCUCGACGAGUGUCUAAAAUCCUGUCUCCUUGUUUCUUUACUUACAGAAUGUCCUCCGUGGUUGCGAAUAUUUGUUACGAGUCGCAACGGGCUGAAAAUGUCUCGAUGCCAUCCAUCUCAUUAUCACGCCAUUGGGGAAUACACUUUACAGCCCCAGGAUACGAUAGAUGAUUUGAGGAAAUUUGUCAAUUCGAGGUUUCAGCACCUACCCAUGGCAGCUGAUGACGAUCAGGGAAGAUUCCAAGCCAAAAUCCUGGAUAUGGCUAAUGGAUCCUUUUUAUGGUUAUCCCUCGUAAUUCGGGAGCUCGAGACCACAUUCUCCGCAGAAAGCGCAGAAAAGGUUAUCAGUGAAACGCCUAGAGAGAUGCACAAUGUCUACAAGCGAAUCUUACAAAACAUACCGGCCCAGAGCCAUGAUUUGGUUCGGUCCAUCCUUACCUGGACGUCGCUGGCAUUGAGGCCGCUUUCCGUAGAAGAGUUGAAGCAUGCCAUUAAGAUCGACACCGGUGAAACAGUUCACAGAUUGGAAGAUGCUAUCAACACCAAUUGUGGACAACUCAUUAAAGUUGGCCGAGGAAAUGAAGUUCAAUGUGUUCACCAAACUGCUCGAGCAUUCUUGUUGGAGCAGGAAGAAAUUUCAGCCUUUGUCAUACACAGGCCUACAAGCCAAUUGCGGAUCGCAGAGCUCUGCCUAAAGGCAUUAAGCAACUUCAUCGACAAUGCGCCCGGCACACGAGGAUCAGACGCACGUUCUCUGCCUAUCACUGCAGAGAGCAACAUUGCUGACUAUGCCGCAAUUUAUUUUUCUGACCAUCUGAAUGAUUGCGCUAGAGGAGACCCCAACAUAUGGGGUUCACUCCUGAAGUUUAUGGAGUGUACUGCAUUACCCUGGAUUCAGUAUCUCGCUGAGACAAGGAGACUACAGUAUGUCACGCACACCGCAAGGAACAUGGCCUCAUAUUUGGCAUGCAACAGUGAAAAGAUGCCUAUACUAAACGAAAAAAAGAAGCAGCUACGGAAGUGGAUACACGACUUGCUAAGAGUGAAUGCCAGAUUCCGGGUAGCCUUGGACACUUGCCCUUCAGCAAUUCAUACAGUCAUUCCAUCACUCUGCCCCUCGGAGUCAAUGAUAUCAAGACAAUACACCUUGCGUCCUCGUGGCAUCAUACUCAAAAGCCUUGAAGUUGAUGGCUGGAGUGAAUGCAUUUCUCGAAUUGAUUAUGGUACCUCACGGACGACUGCAAUCGCCCAUGGGAAAUUCCACUUUGCUGUUUCAUUGUCCGAUGGAAGUAUCACUCUUUAUCUUUGGGAAUCACUGGAAAAGAAGGCCAUUUUCACCCACGAAGAGCGAGUGGCAAUACUCAAAUUUAGUGAUGAUGACCAGUACUUGGCCUCCAGUGGCCGGCGCAACAUCAAAGUCUGGGAUCUGCAGACAUUAAGACAAGUGCGAACUUAUGAUGUCCCGCACCAACCUCUUACCGUCACAUUUCAUGAAAAUAGCAGUGUUUUACUGGCCGCUACUCGAGGAAAUUACACAACUACUUGGAAUCUUGAAGACGAACAAAGCUCGGGAGACACUCUUCCAUGGACCCAGCGUUUUCAAGAAGUGACAGGACAGACCAAACCAACUCAACCCCCAGCAAUGGCUCUCUUGGCAAAUGACAGCUCUUAUCUUGCAGUCAGUUACAAAGGCCGACCGGUAUAUGUGUUUGAGAUGACGGCAUCGUCUCUUGUUCAAGCCUGUUACAGAAACAGUAGUAUGGCCAUAGAAUACACUGUUGAUGGCAUGGUAUUCAACCGAAACCGCAAUGUCCUGGUGGUCUCAUAUGGCGAUGGAGAGCUUGUUGUCUAUGACCUAUAUUCUGCUGCGUUAUGCUACCGCAGGCAGGAUGUCUAUGCUCAUACUCUCGCCUGUUCCCCAGAUGGUCGCAUUCUUCUCACUGCCAGCUCUCGUGGCAUUUUGAAUGUCUUUGAGUUUACCGGGGCUCAAGGGACAAGCCUAGCACUCACACAUAGAAUCGAUUCGUCCGAAGACGGUAUCCGCGGGGUUUCAUUCAGUGCCGACAGCCUGCGGUUCGCUGAUAUCCGUGGUUCUCAGUGCCAAGUAUGGGGACCGGAAGUUUUGAUUGGGGGAGAGUGCGAAGAUGAUAGUGAAAGCGACUUCAGUCAAGCAAGGACCCUUGAGACUACUUCAAAUCAUAUGGAACGAGCCGCGGACGUUCCAAUAACAGCAAUCUGCCCGCACCCGGAUGGAAGGUACCUCUUCUGUGGAAAGGAAGAUGGAUCCGUCAUGUGCUUCGACGGACAAACCAUGCGACAGAAAGAAGUGUGUCGGCACGCUCUGGGUACUAUGAUAACCUGCGUGGGAUACUGCAGAAGAGGCGGGCUCCUUGUCACAGCAGACGAGUCCAGUCGCAUCCUUGUGUCCAAAAUAGAGCCCAACGCGGAUGGAGAUGAGCUGAUUACUACUGUGAACGAAAUACGAUCCGGGGAGCCUGUACUGGAUCUGCUGUUCAACACGAGCGGCACAAAGGUCCUGAUUGAGGGAAGACACUGGGUCAAGGUGUGGACGUUGUCUGGAGACCAGGUUGACUUACGUCUCUGUCUAGAUGACUUUAGCCAUGACCACGAAAUUCUUCAGCACCCUCAGCGUCCAGACUCUUUCUUGGUUAUAGGUGCCGGUCAAGCCUAUGUGUACAUGUGGGACCGUCCUGAAGAGACGACGGGUGAAAAGUGUCUGAAGGAAAAGCCACCCAAUGAUGAUAGAAAAGAUGAAAUAGCUUCACGGCUUGGCAUCUUGAAUAUAACUGGAAGACCAAUGAGUGCUGGGAAAUUCGUUGCUACGAUUGGCGAAAAACAUGCACAUAAGAAGGCUCCACAUUCCAAGUUGAGAGUUUGGAAAGCAACUGAACUCCACCCGGACAACAAAUGGCCCAAUGAAUAUCCUCUUCCAGACUUCGAGAAUAUAUCCAGCAGAAUACAUCAGAUUAUCGGCGUCUGUGGGGGCCUAUUUCUGUUUGUGGAUAGCGACUUCUGGGUUUGUACUGUUGAUCUGGCUCAAUGGAAUACCAACAGGCAGGGCGCAUGGCGGCAUUUCUUACUUUUAUCAGAGUGGAGAGGAAGCAACGCAAACUUUCUUAUUGAGUACCUACCCGCCACCCGCGACUUUAUGGUCGUACAGAGGCAUAAUGUGCUUGUUAUCAAGCGCGGGCUCAAUGUUGCGGUGCCGUUGGAAUGGCCUGCAGCACUUGGUAGCGUUACCUCGGAAUAA